AUGAUCCAUACAGAAUACUCAGCUUUGCGUUCCAUCGUCGUGACAAACCACGAAGAGACCAUCAAAAUGCCCAUAAAUGAGCCAGCAAUGGGAAAGAAGGCCGUGUCGCAGAUUCAGGAAUACGUCGAUUACUACGGUGGCGCAGGAGUACAGCACAUAGCUCUGAACACGAGCGACAUCAUCAGUGCCAUCGAGGCACUUCGAGCUCGUGGCGUCGAGUUUUUGACGAUUCCGAAGUCUUACUACGACAAUUUACGGACAAGAUUGAGCAAGAGCGGCACAAAGAUUACCGAGGACAUGAACCGUCUGCAAAAAUUGCACAUUUUGGUUGACUUCGACGAGAAUGGCUAUCUCCUACAGAUUUUCAGCAAACCAUGUGAAGACCGACCAACACUAUUCAUAGAAGUCAUUCAGCGGCAUAAUCAUCAGGGCUUCGGUGCUGGAAACUUCAAAGCUUUGUUCGAAUCCAUAGAACUGGAACAGAACGAGCGUGGCAACUUAUUCUAUGAAGAUGUGGCAACUGGUGGAAAGAAAAUCUAG